GGUAGUAGCCCUUUACGAAGAAUCGCAACGCGCUAACCACUUGCAGCUCCGGUGCCACCGCACAGUUCAGUUCGCUCGCCUGCAGAUCAGGACGCAGUGUCACCGACCGUUUCAUAGCAGACGACACCUGAGCACGGCCUACUAGAUUAUAACGACAAUGUCAUAACCAGCAACCCCUAUGAGGAGCCCGUCCGCACCAGUCCGCACGAUCCGCUAGGGGCGCUACUCAUCGGCACGCGAGAUCUGAACCACGAUUGGACGGUGGAAAUUUGAAUUCUGAACGCGCAGAAGCGUAUCUACGACUCCCGUAGCAGACGACAGCAACAGCUCCUAUGAAAACGUGUAGAAUGAUGAUGAUAAUCAACCUCAGAAUGGAGCAUCUGUGGAAUAUAUCAACCGCUUGUACAGAAAUACCAAGGUAAGCUGAAGUACAAAGUAUUGUAGAAGUUGAGGAAGCAAUAACUGGGACGAUGAGUAGCGCCACCGCUACCUUCCAAAAAUGCGGCGCUGGGAAGAGCUGCCUACGAUGUGGUCGUUAGGUCGUGCACCUGGGCGCGAAAUGGCAGCGAAGCGUGUAAGGUCAGAAAACUGGGAGUGGGCCGACAAGCUUUGUGUAGUAAAACUUGUGUUAGCGUAUGCUCGCAUUGUCGAGGACAAGUCUGCAGACAUAGAUACACUAAGAAAGAAAAAGGAUGCGUGGCAGGCCAUAACUUCACGCUUCAAUACCCUGACCGCGUUUGGCCCGCGAUCACAAGAUGCCGUCAAGGGACAGUGGAAGCGCCUCAAAUUGACCGCAAAAAAAAGAGUUCGAAUCCAUCAGAAGGGCGCUGCCGGGGACCCUGAAGGUGAGCUGUCCGCGAUAGACAAGGCCAUUUGGAAAGCUCUACCGCAAGAAUUCCACAAAGACACCAACGGCUACGACGACGAUGCAACUGCACAAGAACCUGAACCACGAGCCUCAGAUGUGGCAGGAGAAACCCAGGAGGGUCCCAGAUUUGUGAACAGUUUGCCAUCACAGGAGGCGGUACCUACUGCCAUGGUCGUUACCAACGGAGGGACUAACGGGCCCGUUCUGUUCAGCAGUCCCAUCCUGUGUCCAUCUGGUAGCAUCACAGUAGCCCAACAAACGACACCAGUUGUCACUGAAGUGGCCAGAAAUACCACUACACCUUCACGGACUGCAACACAGGGACACAGGAGAAGACGGCGUCGCAGGGCAAGAGCAGGGCCUACUGCUGCCGCCCCCCCAGCGGCUGCGUUCGCGCACACACUGGAACGCCAGCAGGAGUAUGAUCACGAGCAGCACGUGCUACAAAUAGAAAUCCUGCGCAUGCAGCUGGAACGGGAGAGGAAGACCAGCUCCCAUCUUGAACGUCUGCACACCUAUGAGCUUGAAGCUGCAAAACACAAAUCAAUGUACUGGAAAAACAAAGAUGUCUGCAAUCCAGUAAUGCCUGGACAACUGGGAGCUUUUGCGGGACUGCAAAACUAAAAGAAUUGUCAAGAAAGCAAUGAAGAGCUGCUGAAGUAAAGAAAAGUAAAAGUAAAAGUAAAGUAAAGUAAAUUCACUAAAGAAGUUAACACGAUUGUACAGUGGCUGUUAUGUUUCUCGUGGCAUCACACAGGCCUCUUAUGCCAUUUCACAGCCAAAGUUAGUGAUAACUGUAACUGCAUCACUAUGCGAAUUCUUUCUGAAUAAGAAGACUGAAUUAAAAACUCGAAUAAGGGAGUGAUUUCACAGAGCGUAGUGCAUGAUGUAGUUGUCCGUGUCGUCGUUCUUCUGUCCGCGUCUUUUUGCUGUCUACACACCCUGAAUUCGUACCAACUACCCCACCUUCAUACGCUUCUUUAGUGCAUGAUGUGCUGUUGGCAGCAGUAUUAUAGUAUAGUAUAUGUAUGUAAAGAAUGAGCAUGGAAAAAUAGAUAAGUCCCCAACAGGGUGUGUAAAAGUGUUUCCUCAGUAAUAUAUGAUUUCGAGCGAAUAAGCACGAUGCAAUUAUUGAAUAAGAUACCAGCACAGGCUUGUUUCUAGCUGGUGUUGCAACUGUUGCUGUGUGUCCUUUCUUCGGUCCAUUCCUGUUUGCUCUAUCCUUGAAACACCACUGUUGAAGCAGAUAUAAGACCUCCUUCUUUAUGCGAGAUUUUGUUCAUUUUAACCAUACGUUGAGAAGUUACC